UCUCUCCACCCAAAAAAAAAAAAAUAUAGAUUUGUGUGACUCACUUUAUUCUUCUGCCGUUUUUAAAAAAAAAUAAUAAUCUAUUAAUUUCAAGUCAAGUUUAAUAAGAAAAUUUGUCAAAAUAUCCGAUAAAGAGUUCUCCCUUUCUUCGUGAGUGAGUGGUUUGGUGUGUACGUAGGCGAAAAGUUCUAUCGACUUUUUCUCUCGGCAAAGACGAACACGAACAAGAAACCAAAAAACUGCGCCCUCCUCGUAAAAAAAAAGAGUUAAAUGUUUGCGUGAUUUGUGACGAGGUGAAAAAAGGUUUAUUAUCGUCAAAAAAAGAACAAAAAAAGAAAUCACAAAAAGGACAAAAGAAAACAAAAAAGUCCUCAGAAAACGAAAUAAUUUAUUAAAAAAAUCUAGAAGAAGAAAAAAAACCACUCAAAAAAUGUCUUCAUCCGGUGACUUUGGUAAUCCCUUGAGAAAAUUUAAAUUGGUUUUCCUCGGCGAACAAAGUGUAGGCAAAACUUCCCUCAUCACCCGUUUUAUGUAUGACAGCUUCGACAACACUUACCAAGCAACCAUUGGCAUCGAUUUUCUAUCGAAAACCAUGUACUUGGAAGAUCGAACGGUUCGUCUCCAGCUCUGGGACACUGCCGGCCAGGAGCGCUUUCGAUCCCUCAUUCCAUCUUACAUUCGUGAUUCCACUGUAGCUGUUGUCGUUUAUGAUAUAACAAAUGCGAAUUCGUUCCAUCAAACCUCCAAGUGGAUUGACGAUGUCCGCACCGAACGCGGCAGCGACGUCAUUAUCAUGUUGGUAGGCAACAAGACUGACUUGUCGGAUAAGCGACAAGUCUCCACCGAAGAGGGCGAACGCAAAGCAAAAGAGCUAAACGUGAUGUUUAUUGAGACUAGCGCUAAAGCUGGUUAUAAUGUAAAGCAGUUAUUUAGAAGAGUUGCUGCUGCUCUGCCUGGUAUGGAUUCUAUGGAUAAUAAACCUCCUGAAGAUAUGCAGGAGGUUGUACUUAAAGAUUCCCCACAUGAAACAAAAGAUCCAGAAGGAGGCUGCGCUUGCUAAACAUUACGAAAAUAAAAAAACAUUGCUAGUAUUCUUAUUCUUUUUACUUUUUUAUAUAUUUAAAUAUAUGUUCGCUUGAUAAACAAAACAACCAACAACAAAAAAAAAAAAAACAUUAAAAUUCAAUUAAAUUUUAAGCACAUUUAAGGAGCAAAUAAAGAUAAUUCAUGAAAAACGGAAAAAUUCAAAGAUAAAAAAGUAUUAUACCGUAAAAAAAAUUAAUGCUCUUAAACAUAA